AUGGGGAAAGACUACUACCAGGUGCUCGGCGUCGCGAAAGACGCGGAUGACGAGACGCUCAAAAAGGCGUACAAGAAAGCGGCACUCAAAUGGCAUCCGGAUCGCAACAAGGAUAACAUCGAAACGGCCAACAAAAAGUUCAAAGAGGUCGGAGAGGCAUUUGAAGUGCUGAGCGACAAGAACAAGCGCGCCAUCUACGAUCAAUUUGGCGAAGAGGGCUUAAAGGCGGGCGGACCGCCGCCACCAGGGGCGGAUGGAGCCGCAGGUGGAUUCAGCGGGUUCCCCGGAGGAGCAGCUGGCUUCUCGGGUGGCUUCCCGGGAGGCGGAGGUCGAACGUUUACGUUUACCACUGGUGGCGCAGGUGGCGCAGGUGGUGCAGGCGGAAUGGGUGGAAUGGGCGGUUUCUCGCCGAGCGACCCGAACGAUAUCUUUGCUAGCAUCUUUGGCGGAGCUAGUCCGUUUGGUGGCGGAAUGGGUGGCAUGCCUAUGGGCGGCAUGGGUGGUAUGUCUGGCAUGGAAGACAUGUUCGGCGGAGCAGGGGGUGGAGGCGCAAGAAGAAAGGCGGGCGGUGGCAUGCCGGGCGCGUUCAACUUUGGCGCUAGUCCCAACACUGGCGCUGGCGCGGCUGCCGACGAGAAGCCGAGCGACGUGGAAAAGCAACUGCCGCUCUCCCUGCAAGACCUGUACACUGGUACGACGAAACGGCUCAAAGUGGGUCGAAAAUUGGCCUCGGGGGGAUCGGAAGAAAAGAUUCUCACCGUGGAAGUCAAGCCGGGCUGGAAGAAAGGGACCAAGAUCCGGUUCGGCGGGGCGGGACACGAAGUGUCACCGGGAUCGUUCCAAGAUGUCGUCUUCAUUGUCGACGAGAAGCCGCACGCGCACUUCCGACGCGAUGGUGAUGAUCUGCGACUGACUAUCCCGCUGAAACUCAUCGACGCGCUCGACCCACCCAAGCCAGGCACACCGGGCUCGCGCAAGCAGGUCGAAACGCUCGAUGGCCGCAAGAUCGACGUUCCCAUCCCGCAACCCGUGGCGGGCACCAGCUGCAUCACUCCCGGCAAGACCACUAGGUUGGCCAACGAAGGCAUGCCAAUCAGCAAGACCGGCGGAAAGCGGAAGGGCGACCUCGUCGUCGAGUGGAGCGUCCAACUACCCGAGCAUCUCACUCCAGCCCAAAAGGAAGGCCUGCGAAAGGUCUUGGCUCCCUAA